UUUCCUUCUCUAAAACUGAUUAAUCUUCACUAUUUAUUUAUUCUCGAUUGUCCAUAGAACCAUUAAGACUUUCACACCUCCUUUUUGCCCUCAAAAUCUUCAAGUUUUUUGUUCUGUUUUUUGCUGUCUUUACUGCGCUCAGGUUAUCAAUGGAGACUCAAAAACAAACACCCGAUAAACAAAAGCAAAUCUCUUAUCGUAAAAGAGUGAUAUUAAUGAAGCGGAAGAGCCACAACAACCCACAAGACAACAAAGGAACGUCCAAAAUUCCAACAACGUUCAAUCUUGUUCGUCAGAUUAAAAUAAUGGGGCAAAAAACAGGUAUAUUGUCAACCGAACUUAAGCUGUUUAAUGAUACUUGGCCUACGGCUGAAGAAUACGUAGAGAGAGUUGAAAAAAAGAGAGAGACAGCCAACUGGAAGAUGGCAAGGAUGAAAUAUUACAGUCCAGAAGAAGAAGAAGAAGAGAGGCAGAAUGGUGUUUCAACCAAACUAAGUCUCUACACUGAUCCAUGGAAUAUAAAGAAGAAGCUUACACAGAGUGACUUGGGUGAUCAGUGCAGGCUUUUGUUGCAGGCAAGUUUGGUGGAGAGCCAUGUUUUUCCAUUCCUAAAUGUUGAUGAGAUCAAUAAGGUUCAAGGGAAAGAGGGUUUGAGAGUGAUGGUGUUGGAUCGGGAUACAGAGUCGGAGCACUCAUUGGUAAUGAAGAAGUGGACGACUUGUGAGAGCUACGUUUUCAUUGAGGGAUGGGGGCAGAAAUUUGUUAACAGACGGGAACUGAAUCCUGGAGAUGAGAUUGGUUUCUACUGGGAUCUAUACACUUCAAUGUUUAAUUUUAGUGUCAUCAAAAAAGCAAGAUGAGUUGAUUUUAUUAUGUAAAAAUGGGUUGAUUUUGAAAAUUUUUUAUUCUAGUAUAUGUUAAAUAUCAAUGAUUUCUUCU